AAUAGCUAUCAGAGAAUGCUUGUGUUUUCACAACUAACUAUCUCCAAGAAGUAAGUAUUUAUUGUUCUUCACUUGGACAUUUUACUUGGCCGUUUCACUUAGACAUUCAGUUUGUUGAACAGGCUGUUGUAUCCAUUAACGCUAUAGAGAAAGCGUUAAUUAUCGUUCUUAGGGAAGACGAGUCAUCAGAAAAUGCUUUUGUUGUCACGGCUGCCUAUCCAGGUAGCAAAUUUUCAUAGUAUAGUUACUUAGAAAUUCAGUUUGUUAAAGACAGACCGUCGUAUCCAUUAUCGCUAUAGAGAAAGUGUUAAUUAUCGUUCUUACGGAAGAGGCGAGGCUUUAGACGUAAUAAUGAGUGGGUGGAGGAGGGAGAGACUAUAGGGUCACACGCUAUAGGAAACACUCUAAUUAUCGUAAUGACAGAAGAUAUAGUCAUACGUGUGAUUAUAGUCACACGUGUAACACUAAGAAUUGUUAAUGUUUCCGCUUCUCGGUGAAUUGACAAAGAAUCCUUAUUCUUGCGCCUAGUAGUUCUGACGAUGGAUCCAAACAGCAUUUUUCGAACUCGCUAUUACUCAUUUUCUAGGAUAUUAAUGAAGUUCGUGGGAAUAUGGCCAUAUCAUACGACGACCAGUAAGGUUCUGAUCUUCGUGAUACUGUUACCGUUGUCUAUCACUACUGCUUAUCCCCAGGGACGAUAUCUGGUACAAACGACCAACAUCAACGAUUUAUUCAAAGGGUUAACGUCCAUGGUGCUCACUAUAAUAAUCACCUAUCAAUUAGUGAUCAUGACGAUGUAUCAUGCGAAAAUAAAGGUCUGUUUUAAAAGAAUAGAGGAUGAUUGGCUCUCACUGAAAACGGAUAUUGAGAAAACUAUUUUACAACGGCACACUGAAUACGGGCAAUAUCUGUCGAAAGUUUAUGCGGCUCUAAUUACUUUUACACCAGUUAGUUACCUUCUUAAACCUGUCAUAAUGACGCUAAUAGAAAGCGAGAACUCAACAACACCAUCGUUGGCGAAAUUGCCUUAUUACGUUGACUAUGGCGAGAAAUGGAAUGAUCAGUUUGCUUUAUUAAUGCUCCACUGUUCUGUUGCUAUAGUCAUACAUUCUAUUAUCAUAGUCACGAUUAAUAGCUUCUAUUAUGCUGCGAUCCAGCACGCUUGCGGAAUGUUCGCGAUUAUUGGACACAUGCUGGAGAACAUUGGCAAAAAUAAUGACGCCAAUUUUCGUCUGGAAGUAAAAAGAAUCGAUGAUGACAAUUAUGACAUUGCACUGGACUGCCUACGUAGGCAUCUUCAUGUAGCAGAAUUUGCCGAACUGCUCGAGUCCUUAUUUGCAAAUAUGUUUCUGUUCACUAUUUAUGCAGUGAUACUUUCUAGCACUAUAUCCGGUAUACAGUUGCAAAGGAAAAUGGUACUAUACUUCUCGAAGAUGUAGAAAGAUCCUUCUUCUAAUUUUGAACAGAACUAUGACACCCUGCAAAAUAACUGCUGGCAAUCUCAUGA